GUGUGUGCCAAAUUAUAGGAACUACACUACACUACAGUAGUGGCCACGGAGGCACAGCGUUCGAGAGGCCACGUUCGCGAGGGAUACCCGGGACAACCGCUGGGCAGCCUCCUGACGGGUCGCGCUCCUGCGGGCGCUGGUGACCAAGGUGUCCGUGUCCUGCCCGGUACCUGGCCGGUUCCUGCCUGCUUCUUUCCUGCGCUUGCUGGUUCGGAUCCGGUCUGCCUGCCUGAACGCGUGGUCCACCACCACUCACCCUGCUGCUCACCUAGCCACGCCGCUACGUCCCGUCUAUCUGCUGAGACGGUUGACCGUCGGCCUGCUGUGCUGCAGACGUUUACCCGGGACGUGAGCAGGACGUCAACGAAUCACACUGCUGUCUUGCCGACCUUGUCGGCGUGUUUUUCAUGGUGGAGCUACCGCUUGUAUUGGACGGUGAUGCUAAGCGCAAGCUUCAUCACUAAGGUCUGGAUGAUGGUGGACGUUGUCACGACUAUACCGAACACUCCAGUGGACGGGCCUGAACCUGUACCAGAAACCUUUGUACCGACAGCCGUGUGGAUAGUGUUGUCAUUUGUGGGAACAGCAUCCGACUGCUUCAUCGGCGCUCUCCCAUACUUUGACGCCCAGUGCUGCCUCUCCACGCACGCUGGGAUCGUUACCGUUGCGGCCGCACUGGUGACCUGUGGCAUCUACAGUGCGGACUCCCUCGUCAAUAAGAUCUUUGGUCCGAACCUGCCGGCCCAUUACCAGAUGGAGUGGAUACGGCUGCCCAGCAGUAGCCGUUCUCAUGGUCUUGGCCGUGGUCUGCCGCGAACUGUUCUAGUUGGGGGCUGCGUUGUACGGGGGCCUGGGCGCAUUUGCUGCAUUCCUUCAUCUUGCGUUUGCGUGCUGCGAAAUCGCCUUCAGCCUUUGCAACGCCGUGUUCUACGUGUCCUACACGUUGCCCAUUCUGUGGGUGUCUUGGUGGAAUCAGUAGAUGUCCAGCCAUAUUCACCUCAUUUAUUUAUUUAUUUAUUUAUUUAAUGUUAUUUAUUUAUUUAAAGUUUAUUGUAGCUUAAGAACUGGCUUGUUUGUUCCUUCCUUUGAUGCACACACACAGUGUCUUUGUAUUACAGUCGAACCUCGAUAUAUCGAACGGGACGGCGAUCGCAAAAUAGUUCGAUAUAUCCAGAAUUCUAUGUAAAAAGUCACGUAAAAAAUGCGUCAAGAACUUGUGGAAAACAACCAACGAACCAGUCGUGGUGCAGUAAAUACUCACUUGAAGAUUCAAACAAAGUAUUUAUUGUGUUUGCUUAAAAUACUGAAAAAGAGUAGCCUGCUUUUUGUUGGCAGUGGCGUGCUUGACGACUGCGUCCUCAACAUAGUCCAGGCGAUCCACAAGUGAAAGGCCGGUGCCUUCAAUCGUGCUGCAGUGGCGGCGCACAAGGGCCAAAGCGGCUACGACCUCAGCUGAUGUCGGGAGCGGGGCACCAUCAGCGCUUGCGGGAUCCACCUCGGCAGCAUCUUCAUUCGGCUGCUCAGCGGUAGCUUCGGCGACGAUCUCUACAUCCGUUAGCUCCGCCGUUGUACCAGUGCUGUCGUCACCUCCAACGAAGUCUUCGAUGCACAUGCUUUGCGGCUCCGCACCAACAAAGCUCUCCGGCUUGCUCCACGUUUCGGCGAGCUCGCUUUCUUCAUCUGCGCAUGCCAACCCAGCUUCCUCGGAUUCUUCCACUGAUGCCUCGUCAGUGCGGCCACCGAAGCCCGCAUGCCGAAAGCAGUUGGCUAUCGUCGACUGCUUGACGUUUUCCCUUGA